UUAAAUGCGCUAACAUUUUAUUACUAGUUAAUUUUAAAAAUGGCAAACUUCAGUCUUCUUAAAUCUAAAAGCUUAAAUCAGAUUGAAAAAGAAAACAGUGAGUUUAUUGUAGAGCUACCUCUACACAUGUCUGAAGAUGCAUUUAUUGGUGAAGGUUCAUUUGCUAAAGUUUAUAAAUUUUCUCAUAAAAAGAAGGUUGUUGCUUGUAAACUUUAUAAACAUCAAUUCCCUAAAUCAAAAAUGUUUUAUAUGUCAAAUCGAUUCAAAAAGCUUGAUCAUCCAAAUAUUGUUGCAUAUAUUGGCUUUAGUUUUAGACCUACAGCAAUUUUUUUUGACUACUGUUAUUGUCUAGUAGAAAAUACCGUAUGUCAUUCAUUACCAGAGUUAUUAAAUUUAUUCAACGAAGAAACUUAUUUUAAUUAUAUGGAGCGUUUGGAUUACUGUUUACAAGCAGCAAAUGGAUUAAAAUAUUUGCACGACUUAAACAUUGUGCAUCAUGAUUUUAAGCCUGCAAAUAUUUUAGUUCAGGGCACUUUAAGUAAAAUAGUGAUCAAACUUUCUGAUUUUUGUGACCUUGCUAUAAUGAAGGAAACAAUGGCAACAAAGACUAAGGUAAAAGCUGGAUUUGCUGGUUUAACUAUAGCUUAUCUUUCUCCUGAAAUUUGCAAUCGAACUGUAAAUAUUGUCAGUAAAGAGUCAGAUGUUUAUGCCAUGUCAUUAUCUUUUUUUGAAAUUAUGUCAGGAUUAGACUCACCAUGGCAAAAUCACUUUUCUAUUUAUAAAGAUAUUUUUUUAACUCAAGCUCUUGAAAAAGGAGAAAGACCAGAUACAAGUCUUAUUUCUAAAAUAUAUUUGGAGUCUGACACAAGACAUCUUGUUGAAACAAUUGUUGGAGGAUGGUGCAAUGAUCCAGAAUUGCGAUUAACUUGUGUCCAGAAUAUGUCAUUGAAAGAUUCCAGCAACGAAGAAGUGUUUGAAAUGUUAAAAGAGCCUUUAUUUAAGUAACUUUAAUAUAAAUUUAUAUAUAUUUUUUCAAUUAUUUUAU